AUGGUUCUGCUGACAACGAUUGACGUCGCCUGUAAUGCCGUUUGGGGAGAAGAGAUGUGGAUCACGUAUCGGGAAAGACCUGGAGGAGUUGCUCAGUAUAUCAAGACAGAGGUCUCUGUCGGAUACGAGACCCUGGGGUCAGUAUCGGUCGUCGGCUCUGUGUUCAUGGGCGAUGCACUUCUGAUAUAUCGCCUCUUUCUCGUUUAUGGAAGGAGCUUUGUGGUUAUUUUGCUUCCUGCGUUGGCAUACAUGGUCGGAUUUGCAUUAGCGAUCCAGCAACUUGUCCUAGCAGGGAAGCCUAAUGGCGACUUCUUCGGCAAGGAUAGUGUCAGGCUGGCGGUGGCAUACUAUUCCAUUACUAUAUGCCUCAACAUCGUGGUGACUGUCUUCAUCUGUGUUCGCUUAUUCCGCCUGUCUAGGCGUUUCUCAAAAACACUCGGGAAAGAGAACGGGCAAAUCUACGGGGGUGCAGCGGCCAUCCUUAUCGAGUCCGCCGCUCCCUACAGUCUUCUGGGAAUCAUGUAUCUCAUACCCUUUUCCCUGGAAUAUGGAACGGGUAUUCUAUUUGGCCAACUAUGGUCGAAGAUGAGCGGCAUCGCACCCCUUCUGAUCAUAUUACGGGUUGUAAAUGGCAGGGCAUGGAGUGAGGAUGGUACACAAAUCCGGACACCUCUCACCUUUCUCCCGCCCGACGUCACAACCAUCCCAUCACCACUUCAUUCUGUGGCUUUCUUGGGCCAAAACCGAUCCUCUCUAGAACACUCGUCAUCUAAGCAUUUCGCACCUUGA